GGAGAGCCUCAGUGAAGUGUUACACAUUUUAAAUAGACUGCAGAAAUAACAGUGUCAUGUAUUCAAGUGUUUUAAGCAACACAUUCAGGAGAAUGAAAAUAAAGACGUGCAUCCACAUUCUGACUCUUAUAAGCUGUGUGAUUAUACUUGUUACAGUUAGAUAUACUUUGACUGGCUACAAGAAGAUCGAUGUGAAAAAAGCGAACUUUUUACGGAAAGAAAUCCCGAUACCGACAAAGAGUAAAGUUGAGCGGUGUUCUGAUGUGAUUCAUUCACAGAGAGACGCCAACAGUAAACUAGUGGAAGACCUCUUAUCUCUUGUCCAACCAGUCUUUGAAAAAAAAUUUAAGAAUCCUUGUUUCUACGACAAGUGCCAUCAGAACGGAACAGGCACUUCAAGGAGACUCCGCUGCCUUCCUUUCUUUCAUAUACUGGGCGUUGACAAGUGUGGCUCAACCGAUUUAUACAACCGCUUAGUAAGUCAUCCACAAAUCAUCCCAAACAGUGGAGUUCUUGACAAAGAACCAUCAUGGUGGUCGUGGCGGCGGUAUGGACACCGGCUCUUGACAGAUACACAUAAAAAAGAAUCUUUCGUAGAUUAUUUACGCUAUUUUGAUCGGCUCUCUGGACAACUUGAAAGAUCUUCAGUUGACCUUAAAAGCAUUACAGUCGACGGAACUCCGAUGGAUUUUUGGGAUUUCACAGGAUGGCCAAAAAUUCCACAAAACGUCAAUGCCCGAGAGCCAAAGAUUCUAACCCCACAUUUAAUGAAACACAUGAAUCCCAAUGUAAAAUUUAUACUGAUAUUUCGACAGCCUUCGGAAAGGUUAUUUUCUGAUUACAUUUUCCUUAACCUUGGGAAGCCAACUGCACAGGCAUUUCAUGACAAUGUUUUAAAAUCAAUGAAAAUGUUUGCCGAUUGCUGUAAAACCUCUACAGAAAAGGCUUGCCUAUUCAGCAGAGAACUUCAAAUCAAAAUGCCGACCCGUCUUCAUCUGGGUGUAUAUUCUGUGUUUUUGGAAGAGUGGUGGAAGGUUUUUGAUGUGAACAACUUUUUAAUGCUCAGAACAGAAGACUAUUCCAAAAAUAUAAAAAACACAUUAAGAACGGUCUUCGCCUUCCUUGAAGUGGAUGACCUUUCAGAGACAAUGUUGGAAACAAUCUCAAAGAAAAAAAGGGUUCACAAGACUAAAAGAAAAAAAGGAAUUGGUAGGAUGUUUCCGGAAACAAAACGAUUGUUGGAUGAUUUUUAUGCUCCAUACGUACGCAGGUUCCAUGUCCUAACAAAUGACACACGAUUUCUUUGGUGAAACAGCAAACUUUAAUGAUUUUUUAGUAGUAGAACGUCUUUAAAAACCAUCCGAGCUUUAUUUUUACCUAUAUAUCUGGAUCGAUGUAUUAUAAAUAUAUGUAUCAUAAGCACAAACAUAGCAAUUAACGUUUACCUGCACAUUGUGAAGGAUGUAGAUAAACAUAAAUCACAGGGAACUUAACUUUAUUGGAGCUCCACCUCCGCCCCGGCCAGGGCUUGAACUCACAAUGUCUGAAACCAUCUCUUCUGGCAGUGGGCGGCCACCGAGCUUACUACUCGGCCAUCUUGUCGCACAGAACCAAGCGCGCUGACCGUGCACUACACGGUCGUUUGAAAUACUGGUGGAAUACAGUAAAACGACCAUUUGAGAGGAUCGGAACACGAACAACACGAUAGGCAAUUUACAAAUGCAUGAUUGAGUCAAAACAGUUACAUAGUGUGACCACAAGACUAUGACCGAUGUUGACUAAAAUCUGAACAUGCAAUUGGUGAGUUAAUACACGAUUAUGUUUGCUUUGCACUUAUUCCAUUUUUAUAAUAUUCUAAAAAAAACCAAUACAUUGUCAUAAGGGCAUCGGAAGAGCGGCGAUUAUCGAUCAUUGUCUCCAAAAAAAAUUGUUUACAUCAAUGUACAGGUGUUUACUGGAAAACUACUACAAUGUCGUGGUGACUUUAUUGUACAACGGCUGCAGCAAUGAAAAAGAAUUACCUCCAAAAGUUUAUGUAUCUUGCUUUUAUUCUUGUAUAUGCUUACUUAUUUAUUCUUCAUUAAGGUCUUUUAGUGAUUGUAAUGUUUUGGGGUCUUCCGUUUUGAACGACACCAGUCAGCAGAGGAUGCUCACUCAUUAAUUGCACCUGAUCUUACCUCUUAUUUGUCAGAGGUCCGUGUUUUCUCGGCUCCCCUUUUACAAAGGACCGUAAUUUUCUUCUGUAUAUUUGAUUUUGAA